UAGAAAUUCACUUAAGCUUCAAGUGAAUAUUACCUUUCAUGUCCCGCACAGCUUCACUGCGCAGUGAGUGAACAGGGACGUGAUGCAUGCGUUAAUGAGAUUUGCCCUCAAAACGCAAUAAGAAAGUUGUACUGUGGUCAGUGUUCACUUUUAUGGACCAACUUCCUUUUUUUCACUUUGCUGCCGAGCAACAGGAAACACACCCAAGAAUUUCACAUCAAUGUUAAGAUCUGGCACUUAUUGACAAGGCACAACAGAGAGCUCCAACCUCAUCUGGCUCCCUCUCACAAUUAUGUCUUUCUUGGGUCAGAUGAAGCUGCCGGGCCUCAUUGGUGUUGGUCUCAUAUUGAUCCUGGCCUCUCCCUCAAAAGGGGAACAGUGGAAUGUCACAGUUACAAGUACCAUUACUGCAACACUGGGGAGUGAUGUGACCAUACCAUGCACUUUUACCUAUCCUCUUAAUCUCCACACGGACAACGUCAAGGUUUACUGGAAAAAAAUGGCUGCUGAAAAAUGCCAAACUGACGACCGUGACAAAAAUCUAAAUAUUUUUCACCCGGAAAACAAAUGUCUGCUGGAGGGGUACAAAAAAAGGACCAAGCUCAUCGGAGAUGUAAAACGGAAAAACUGCACUCUCCUGAUCCGAAACAUCACGACUAAUGAGGAUAUCUAUGUGAGAGUUAUCGCAAAUGAAUCAUACAGUUUCAAAAAGGAUAUUGUGUCCAUUUUUGUGGAUGGGCUGAGUUUCAUCACUCAUAAACCAGAUAUAUUUACAAACUUUGAAACAACUACCAUAUCUGAAACAAACACAACGGUUAUGACCCAAAAUUCUUCAGCACCAAUAUAUGUGGCCAUCUCUGUAGCAGUUGCUGCACUUGUAAUCAUCAUUAUUCUUGGAACUGGAGGAAUUGUCUUUUGGAAGAAACGCAAGAGGUCAAGGACUUUAAUCAGGCAGCAGUCCGGAUAUUAUGCAAAUUUCAGCAGAACAUCAUCAAACCGAACCAAGAGAGAUGUAUCAUGUGAAAAACAAGGCAAGGAUCUUUCUGAACCGAAGGUCAUUGAUGAGCCCAUCUACCUAAACGUAGAGGCCCCUCCAGAGCAGAUGUACGAUGCAGACAACAUAUAUGCAAACGUGGAUUAUCAAAAAUAGAAGGUCUCAAUUUCCAUCUCUUCAUACUAAGACUUCCAGUUAAAUGCAAGUUCUGCAUUCAGUUUUAAUGUGGGGGGAGGGCAUGUGUUCCUGUUUAAGGGUGAACAUGUAUCAUUGUGCGCAGGAUGCAUGACAACAGUGUUAUGUUAUCAUGAGGAAGAGAGGACUACCAGCCCCCUCCAAGUGAUUUUAGUAACAGACUGUUCACAUCAUUGCAAAACAAAGAACAGCGGAGCAACAGUGUUUUUUUUUUUGUUGUUGUUUUUUUACUUGCUUGCGGAUGAGGAAAUUGUGAGACAGCAGCCCAGGAUCGGCUCGAUUCUUGACCAUUUUGUUAUCAGUCUGAUAUAAGACCCCUGUUUGUUUUAAACACUGUACAUAUCUUUUUAUUUUAAGAACAGCGGUGUAUUUUGAUGUCAUAUUUAUGAUCUCUCACUGUACAUAUUUUGUUUUCUUUCUUUAUGUUAAAUGUGGCCAUUCAUUUGCCAACGCAACUUCCUUGUGUGUCAAAACCUGUUCCAAUAAAUGUAUUUCUGAUCCUGAUUCUGAUAUUAUAUCCAAAUUUCAGUUGUCCGUUGCACUGUGCGGCAGCCUCACUGACAGGUUUUAUAUCCUGUACACAGGUUAAGUCACCAGGCUGUGUUAAAUUUGGCCUGUUUCAACCUUCAUUUUUAGUUCAGUCUUCAAACAAAAUGUGGCAAUCCAGAUAAAAACUUUAUUUCGAAACAGGAGACUGAAUCAGAAGGGAAAACAGAAGUUUCAUCUCCACCACUGAUGACGCAGAGGGCAAAUUGGCAAACAUAUUAAGAAAGAUGAGAAAAGUUUUAUUUAACUUAACCCUGAAAUGUGUGAAUGGAAGUUUUGACGCCUAUGACCUCUCCCUUCCUGCUCUUUUGACUUGUUGAGAAGGUGAUUUUCACAUAUUUCACAGAAAACAGAACCCAGCACUGACAGACUUACAGUGUUUAUUGUAUUGUAUUGUACCCUUUUUUUGCAUUAUAUUUAAUAGGUUUAUUAUUAUUAUUAUUGUUAUGCUCAGCAGCUACAUGGUGACACUGCCAGAUUGAGUUACAUGUGAGUGGUGGGGCAGACUGGACUGUCAACACCCAGAUUUUUUUUUUUCCUUCAUGCGCACAGGCAUGUUUUUAAAAUCUUGCAAUAUCUGCAGUGUCUGAUGUCACAGUAAUGUUCAAUGAUCUCUACUCAAGGUAUAGUAAAUAAAAAUGAUAAAUACUGUAAUGCCGCUGCCAUUUUCUUUCACCAUAUAUCCAACAGCCAUGGACAGUUUAUGUGAAAACGGGCCCCUGGAUGGAGUCACAUAAAAGCCCCCUUCCAUUCCUACAUGCAGGAGGAAGACACUCAGACCGGAUUUAAGAAACAUGCAUUUGUUAUUACUUGAUAAUGACUGAUGUAACAAAUUUCCCCGUCUGCGGGACAUUAAAGGAUUUCUGAUUCUGAUUCUGUAAUCUACAAAUAAAGGCUGAUUUUAA